AUGGGUAAACGUAGUCGGAACGAGAGUACCAGCGGAGGGGAGAAAGCCAAUGGUAAAGAAAGUGCUGGUAAAUCAAUUUUCACUGAAAACAAGGCUGUCGACCCUACUCUAGCCUUGCUAUUUGCAUCAAGUGCUGGCCCAGUACAAGCUCCUCCUAAAUCUAGGUAUCAAGAAGCACCUUUGCCUCGUAGAAAUAUCGAAUCGCAGGAGGGAGAAUCAUCCGAGGUUUCUGACGAUGAUGAAGACGCCGAAGAUGUCGAAAUGGGCGAGGGUGACGAUGACUUGAGUAGCGUUGAUGGUGAUCUCGAGGAUGCUGAGAUUUCGGGUCUAUCUGCCGAGGAGGAUGAUACCAACGACAUACAUGACGAGGUGCCCGAAUUGGAUAAAUUCAUCGAAGCUAAAAAGGAAGAAACCCGAACGAAAACGGAAGAAGAAAAGGAAGAGGAAGAACGCCAAGCCGAAAGACGAUUGAAGCGCCAGAAGUUAGCUGUAGAGCAAAAGCCGGUUUCAGAUGAAAAUAUGGAAGAAGGUGGUUCUGGUGAGGACGAGGAGGAUGCUGAUUCUGAUAGCGAAGCCGAAGCUGAAGCUGAGGAUGAUACAGAAGAAUCUGGUUCCGAGGAGAUAAGCCACAAGAGAAAGACGCCAUCCGAUGUUCCUUUACAUGAAUCUCUCGUACCAGAUAAGGAUGCUGCCGAGCUCGAAAAGGCAUCGCGUACUAUUUUCCUCGGAAAUGUAGCAAGUUCAACUAUAUCAUCUAAAGCCGACAAAAAGAUCUUUAUGUCUCAUCUGUCCUCUUUCAUUGAUGAUCUCCCUCCUCCCCCAGCUGGCAAACCAUCUCACAAAUUGGAAUCUCUCCGCUUCCGUUCCACUGCCUACGCUACUGCUGCAUUACCAAAGAAAGCUGCUUUUGCUAAAAAGGAUAUUAUGACUGCUACAACAAAAAGCACAAAUGCCUACGCAGUCUACUCUACAGCAUUUGCAGCCAGGGAGGCCGUUAAGAAACUCAAUGGAACUAUAGUACUAGAUCGUCAUCUUCGCGUAGAUGGCGUAGCGCAUCCUGCGAAGACCGACCACCGUCGAUGUGUCUUCGUUGGAAACUUAGGGUUUGUAGACGAUGAGUCUCUUCUUGAACAGGAUGGGGAAAAUAGCCGCAAACGGUCGAAAAUACCCUCUGAUAUCGAAGAAGGCUUGUGGAGGCAAUUUGGAAAGGCUGGUGAAGUAGAGAGUGUACGGGUUAUUCGCGACGAGAAAACUCGCGUCGGAAAGGGUUUUGCUUAUGUACAAUUUACCGACGCAAAUGCAGUUGAAGCUGCCUUACUUUUCAAUGAGAAGAAGUACCCGCCGAUGCUUCCUCGUGUUCUUCGUGUUGUACGCGCCAAAGCUCAACACAAACAAGUCUCAUCCCGACCCACAGCUCGUCAACCUAAAUCAUCAAAAACCUCCCAAGUAUACAAUCCAAAGGUUGAUCCAAAUCAAGCUUCUUUGCAGGGUAGAGCUACCAAACUGUUAGGGAAAGCUGGUGGCGCAAAAUUCAAGAAAACCGGGGCCAACGAUACGACUUUGGGCUCCAGGGGAGACAAGCAAGUCAGUGGAAACGGAGAAGCCAAGAGUGGAAUGGCCGGUAUCAAAGCACCUGAAAGUUUCGUUUUUGAGGGUUAUAGAGCUAGUGCAAGCAAGGGCAAGCCGAAGGAUCUAAAGUUGGGAGGUAAGGGUGGUGGAAAGAAGAAGGGUAAACCCAGAACAAGAUCGUCAAACAGAGGUGCCGAGUGGAAGAAGCGAGGCUCGAAUAUUGGUAAAUCAAAUACUUAUGAGAAAGGAACUCUUUGGGUUAGUCUUGACUUUCAUAUUUUGAAACGCGAUGAUAUAGAGAUAGAUCCAACUCAAGACGCUCUUCCAUCUGUCUCCAAGCAAGCUGCAGAAACCGGCACCCUUGCACCACGGAAAUCCAGCGGGGCAUUCCCGGUAGCAGGACAACCACUUUUACCACCGACCUAUCACACUUUAGAGGAAUUUCUAUUGACAUUGCCAUCUCAGAUUGCUUAUUCCACGCUGGCUGUUAAGUUGGAUGAUGGUAAGGAGAUUGGUAUUCCAAGAAGAGAGUUAUGGGAUGUCAGAGCGCAGUUGAUGGCUGAGGAUGAGGGAAAUGGAGAAGGGCUUUUGGGAUUGGGGAAUGAUGAUGUGAAGACUGGGGUUUAUGAGGGAGGGUUCAAAAGUUGGGAGAGCUCGGUGGAUUUGGUUAAGGUUCUUAGUGGGAGGAGUAUUGUUGGGGAGGGGAGGGGGAGAGUUUUAGAGCUUGGUUGUGGAACUGCUCUUCCAUCUCUAGCAGUCUUUCAAUGGUUCCUAGAAAACACAACCUCUUCCACAUCUGGGUUGGAGCUUGGACUUGCAGACUACAAUCCUACAGUCCUACAGCUCGUCACUUUACCCAAUAUUCUCCUUUCCUGGGCACAAAUCACAAAAUCUGAGUCUUGGGAGGCAGAAGGCGAACUCGAUAUCGACGAGGCACUUAUCUCUGAAUUCAUCUCUGCGCUGACUUCUCGCAACAUCAAUAUAUCACUCUUCUCUGGUGCUUGGUCUCCAGACUUUGUCUCUCUAGUUACUGAUAAGUUGCAUCUAUCAUGCGAAAACACAAUCAUUAUUGGGGCUGAAACCAUUUAUUCUCCAGCUGCUCUGAAAGCGUUUGCUGAAACUUUGAUGGCAUUACUUGAUUUAAGCACAGGGUCAAAUAAGACGGCGUUGAUAGGGGCCAAGAAGGUAUAUUUCGGAGUUGGCGGUUCAAUAGAAGAUUUCAUUGAGGAUGUCACAGCGCGUGGAGCUCUUGUAAACCAGGUUAGGGAAGAGUCGGAUGGUGUUAGAAGAGCUGUUAUAGAAGUUGGAAAAGCAGGCUGA